GAUGCAGGGAGGCGGAGGAGGAGCCGCGGGGCUCCGCUCAGCGCGACCUCACUGGGGCCAGAGCCAAGACGCGGACGGGAGACGACGACGACAGGUAUCCUCGUGUCCCCGCACUCCGAUGGAGACGUUUGACGAGCAGGGAUGGGCGCCCGUGCACCGCGCGGCCCACGAGGACGACGCGGCUGCCCUGGAGGCCCUGCUGGCGCAGCCCGGAGCCGCUGCCGAGCAGCUGGAGCUGGAGACGCGCGACGGCCUGCACUCCACGCCGCUGCUGCUGGCGGCCGCCGGGCCCGGGCGCCGCCGCUGCUUGGAGCUGUUGGUCGCGCGCGGCGCCCGCCUCGACGCCACAGACAUGCGCAACCGUGGCCUGGUGGAACUGUGCGCGCUGCACGGCGGCGCGGAGGCGCUGGAGCGCCUGCUGGACCUGCCGGCGCCGGCGAACCGGCCGUUCCGUACGCACCGGCUGCUGGUGAGGGGAAUCGGCUCCGACAACGGCGACGUGGCGGAGGCCGUGAGCUGCGCCGUUGCCGAGCUGCUGGCGCGGCGCGACUUCGCCGACCGGCACCUGGAGGCGCUGGCACGGGAGGGCCUGGCGCCGGUCCUUUUGAGGGUGCUGGGCACGUUCGGCGGGGCCGUGGCGUGCGUCGGGAGCUUGCGUGUCCUGGCCGCGAUGGCGCGACACCCGCUGGGCCGCGGUCUCGUCGUGGCCACCGGCGGCUUUGUUCAGCUGCUGGUCGGCGUCGUCGGAGGCGCCGGCCCCAACCCAUCCCUGCGGGGCGCCCUGGAGGUGCUCCGGGAGGUGGCGGGGCUACGGGAGCACAGGGCGGCGUUGGUGGCUGCCGAUGCCGUCUCGGCGCUGGCCAAAGCGGCGCAGGUCGUGGCCGCAUCAAAUGACAAUAAAAACGACGAUGAUGACAAUGAUGGCCUGCAGUGUGCCGCGAUGGCCGUGGAGGCGCUGGGCCUAAUAGCCGAGGGUGACGCCAGCUGCCAGCACGCCGUCGGGAAGCAGAGGGGAUUCCUGCUGGCGCUGUGCGGCCUGCUGGCACGCGUGCCGAGAGAGGGGCCCGCCGCCCUGGCGCUGUGCCGGGCGGCGGGCGCCAUCGCAGCGGGACAGGCACACAACCAGGACGCUCUGGUGGUGGGGGGAGGGGCGGCUGCACUUGUCCGUCUGGCCAGAGCCCCGUCCCGAGAGCUCCAGCUGUGCGCCAUCGAGGCCCUGCGAGGGCUUGUGGAGGGGAAUGAGGGGGCUCGGCGCACGACCCUGGAGCUGGGGGCCGCCGCCCCGAUGCUUCAGCUGCUGCGUAGGUCCCGGGUGGAGCGCGUCCUGGAGGCCGCGGGAACCGCACUCUGGGCCUUGGCCGGCGGUGACAUUGACCGCGAGACGGCCCUCGCCACCACGAUGGGUGCCGAGACGCUGGUGGAGUUUGCGCACUCGGCCACGGAGCGCCUGCAGCUGCUGGGCGCGUGGGGCAUGAGCGCGCUGGCACGGGGGGGCCCCGGCGCUGUGGGGGGGCGCCCCCCCAGCGUGACGGCGACCCCCGCGCCCUCCCCGCUGGUGCAGGCCCUGCUGCGCCUGCUGCAGACGCGAAGCCACCCCGUGCUGCUGGCCACGCUGCCGGCGCUGCGGGCAAUCUGCCUCGAAGUCGGCUACGUGCCAAGUCCGGUGCACCAGCUGCAGGUCUUGAACUCCCCCUGCGUGGACUUCCUGCUGGAGCUGGUGGGGCCCGCCACAUCACCGGCACCCCCGGGGCCCCCCAGGACCCCCGAGGUGCAGGUGGAGGCCAUCUGGACCCUCGCCAGCGUGUGGCUCGGAAACCCUGCGAGGCCGGCCGCAAGUGCCCGCGUGGCCGAGCUGGUGGAGCGCCUGCUGCGGCUGCUGCGCUCCGCGCCAGUGGACGAGGCGGUGCGCGUGGGCACAGGUGCCGCCCUGGCCGCGCUGGCGUUCCAGAGCCCCGGCACACUGCGGCAGAUCCAGCGGGCGGGCGGCCUACGCUCGCGGCACCUCCUGCCGGCGCUCGACUCGCAGCACGAGCGCAACCGCGUCGGCGCCGCUUUCCAGGCGCGUGUGCGCCGCCUGCCCACCCGUGCCCGAGAUUUCCGGAGAGCUGCGCGACCUCUGCACCACCUUCCCCCGCUGGCCCCCACACGCGUUUUGGCCAAGCGGCUGAGCUGAUGUCACCGUCAUCCU